AUUCUUUUCUCCUUUUCACUGUUUUGAUUUGUUUGUAUCUUUUGUUUUGAUUUUUAUCUUUAUCGCGUAUUCCCGCUUUUGGUCUAUGUUUCUCAGAUUUACUCUACGGCGUUACGUACUCUACUCAUUGGAGCUUUGUACUCUGGAACAAAUUUUUCCGGAACCAUUGAAAAAUGGCCAGUGAAUGGGUAUGUGCUCCCCGCCUGUAUGAGGUGACCAAAAAUUACUUUCCCAGCUAUCAGACAUUUGAGCAUCCCUUAAAACUCUUUGCUGUGGUGGAUAGCAAAGGAACAAGGGCGCCCAGCUUAGGUAGCAAUGCCAGUAGUCGUUCAUCUAGUCUGUCUGUAUUGGCUGACCCCCUGGCGGCACCAAGCACCUUGGAUGCAGCCCUCGAUCCAUUGUCACAGUUUGCCAAACAGGAACAAGAUGCCAUCGAUCCGUUGACACAAAUGGCCUCGGAAUAUGAAUCCUUUAAGAAAGUCAAAUCAAAGAUACGUGACAAAGAACCUUUAGAUGUACUGGAGGAUAGUCUGAAUUGGAAUUCCAGGCGCCUGACAAUACUUAACAAAUUUACAACCUCUGAAAAAUUGUCCAUAUCCACCAGUUUCUUGACAACAUCUACUUCCUCACAAUUGGGCACGGAUACUAUUAAAGUCCAAACAGUCGUCUCCGAUAAAGUGAAAUUCCGUUUGGAACAAUUGGACGACUUUGAGGAUGGUUCGGUGCGUCACAUGAUGGACUUAACCCAACAGGAAUAUAUACAACGUAUUGAGCAAUUAAAUCAUGAAUUGGUACAAUCCUGGCACAACGAUCAACGUGUUAAGGCGCUGAAAAUUGCCAUACAAUGUUCGAAAAUUUUGGCCGAUACUUCGGUCUUAUCAUUUUAUCCCAGUCAAUUUGUUUUGAUCACAGAUAUUUUGGAUAUAUUUGGAAAGUUGGUAUAUGAUCGACUUAAACAGAAAUCGAUUUCGGGACCGGAAUCCAUGCGUCAAGCCAAUGCUGAUAGUGCCCGAGAUACAUGCCAAAAUUGGUUUUUCAAAAUCGCCUCAAUACGUGAACUUCUGCCAAGGCUCUAUGUGGAAAUGGCCAUACUCAAAUGUUAUGAAUUUUUAAAUGAAAGCUACGACGAUGCUUUACUGCGUUUAACCAAAGCUCUGCGUGGUAUUGGAGAUCCCCUCGUCGCCGUGUAUGCCCGUUGUUAUUUAGUGCGUACCGGAGUACUUUUGCAAACACCUAACAAGGCAUAUAUUUAUCAAAAUUUCCGGGACUUCCUUUACAUUUAUCAAACGAUAUUUAGCGGUUCAAUACGUUCCGAAUUGAAUAGACAAAGGGUUGAUAUGUCAGCGUAUUUGACUUUAUAUGGCCCAGCUUUGAAUUUCAUAUUGGAAGCUUUGGUGCACAAAAAUAGUCUCUACAAUGAAGAGAUUCUCAAAGAGGUUCAGAGCAUAAAAAAUAAUGGCACAAUUCUAAUGGCAAUUCUACAUGCAUUUCAACCCGAAUUCAUUGCAGCCCAUGCCUUUGAAUUUGUCAACAUUCUAUCGGCCUCCACGGAGGGUAUUUCCAAAUCUCAACUCUUCAAGGCCUUGGGCACCAGUAUGAGUACUUGUUCUCCUCUGUGUGAAUCGAAGCAAACAUUUUUGCUAGAGGUUUUCAAGACCAUUAAUACCUUUACCGAUCCCAAUGAAUAUAUCAUUAGUGUGGAAUCCUGGGCUCAAUAUAUUGCCACAAAUAUGCCGAUUGCAGAAGUAAAUCGCUUCCUGGGGGAAAUCCAUAAUCGCAUAUCCAUCUCCAAGGCCGUAUGCGAAAAACAUCAUCAGCAAUUGAGAAAUAUCCUCGAUAAAGUGCUGCAAUAUCAAAAGAACAUUGAGCUGUUAUUGGUGCAGGAACAUUUCCUAAGUUAUUUGGAUUUAUUUCAAAAGGAAUCCCUCAAAGUUGAGGCCUGCAAACACAUUUUGGAUAUUUACAAACGCAACGGCAAUGAGUCCACCAAUGAUCCUGUUGUUAUAAAUGCCCUAAUGUAUAUCGGCAAGAUACUCAAUGAUUAUGUGAAUGCCCUAACCGUUGAAGAUGAACGACGCCAGAUAUCGCAUCUGAUAUGCAGUUUCAUACGUAAAGUUCAUUUCGGCACAGAUUUUGAGAAACAACUAAGCUUCUAUGUUGAGGCCAGGGGUACAUUUUCCAAUCUGGAUAGUGUCUACAACACAUUGGUACAUUCCGUCAACAAAUUGGCCAUGGAAACGUGUCAAAUUGUCAAAUACAAACACAGCCGUAAGACGUUGAGUUUUGUCAAAGCCUGUGUGGCAUUUUGUUUUAUCACCAUACCAAGUAUUACCUCGAUACAACAACAAAUGGAUUUAUAUCUAUUGAGCGGACAGGUGGCAUUGGUCAACAAUUGUUUGGGCCAGGCAGAUGCCUGCUUUGAGGAAGCUUUGAAUUUGGUAGGCGAUUUACAGAACACCAUCGAUAUUGAUGGUAAAUCACGGACAAUGGAUGUGUAUCUCAUUUCAUUUCUGAACAAUAUGCUGGCCACAUUGGUACUCGUGCCCGAUAGCCCAGAUCAGGGUGUAUUGUAUUUGUUGCGUCUGCUGCUGGAUGUUAUACAAAAAUACUCGUUUGCCCAUGAAAGUGGUCCAGCGAAUAUCUACUUGAAUGCCUUAGAUAUGCUGUAUGUCCAGAGUUUGGAAACAUUUCCAUAUCACAUACCGGGUGUUAUCUCAAAUGACGAAUUGUAUGGCCAUGAUCCCAAAUUUUUGGGCGAAGUCAACAAUCUUUGUGCAUUUGUUGUUGAAGAAAUCCUCCGAUGUCUAAGCCAAUUGGGAAGUAUCCAACAGUAUAAAUUACAAGCCACAUUGUCAUUGGAACUUUUGGUACGCAUUGUUCGCUAUGCUGAUUUAUCAAAGGAGCAGAUCUAUCUUUUGGCUCUGAACCUGGGGCUAUUGGCUUUGAAACAUGAGUCGCACAUGGAACCGAAAUAUAUUAUGCGUGUCCUGAAAUCUCUGGAAGAUUAUCAAAAAAUACUGCAAAACAUAUAUCCAUCACAGGCCUCAUAUUUGCAGCAAAUUCUCGUACGCCUACAAUCGAAGCAGUGAAGAGUGUAGAACACUCGCAGUUUUGAAACAAACAAAAAAUUGACUCAAAAUAUGACAACCAAUAAAUUUUAUUAGCAUAAGUUUUUAGUAUUAAGGACUUUUAUUUUAUGUAUGAAUGUAGUCAAGUCAAGUAAUACCAAGUAUUUAUGAAUGAAAUAUAGUCACACAUUAUAACACCACAACUGAGAAGAGUUGAUUGUUAUUGCGUCAAAACUUAUUGGACUAAUUUGGCUUCAACUUCAUUAAUGAAUGAAAAUAAAAUAUUGACCGGGCCAGAAAAAAAAAACUACCAGGCAAAAUUUCGGUUUUUUCUAAGUUUUUUUUAUUGGAAAAGAAUUGUCGUUUGUUGUUUUUUUUUUUAUUUAUUUAAAUAUAUUCUUAUGAUCAAAGUGUGAUACGCUGCUGUAAUUAUAUGCUCGUAUUAUUUUAUUUUCAAUUUAUGUUCUGUUUUUUGUUUGUUUUGUCGUUAUGAGAAUUAUGAAGUUGAAAUGUUCUCUCUGUGUGUGUAGGUGUUUGUCUGUUGUAUGAAUGCGAGUUGUUGUGGUUGUUGUUGAAGUGAAGUGUAAAAGUAAAUAUUUAUAAUUUGUGUACGGAUUUUUGUUAUUUUCAUAUUAAUUAUAAUUAAUAUACACUACCAUGUUUUCUGUUCAUCAUUGUUUGUAACUAUAGGUAUUUUGUUUUUUUUUU